AUGGAUCCUUCUGAAAAGGAUGCUAGAGCCCUUCCGGACACACCGGGUAAAUGGAUUAACUACAUACAGGGAGCUGGUCACGAAAGCAGCUCGCUUAUUGGCGUCCAGCCGAAGUCUUCCUCAGAGGCCACAAUUGACCAGUUCUACAUGUUGAAGACGAUCUACCAGGCGCCAGAACAUAUUCUCUUCCUCGAAAGUGACCUGGCUCUUGAACCCGGCUCCUUGAAUCAAGCAAACGCGCUUCUGAGAGACUCUACCCUUUGGCAAGACUACCUAGCAUCCUUUGCUAAUACUCACUCGACGUCCGAAUAUGUGUUUGGCCUAGUUCAACUUUAUCAGCGACGCUCUGCUAAAGGGUUGACCGGUGAUGGCGCGAUCCGUCAAUUCAAGAUCAGCCCACCAGAGCCUACAGCUUGCCUGGAUACAGACCAGGACGGAGCUCCGGCGGAGACUCCAGACACUGCAUCACGAGUCCUCUCCUCGGUGUCCGAAAUGAGCCUUGAUGCCAUUGCACAAAGAUUGUGCGUGGAAGAUGAAGAGAUUGUCAACUUUGCACUUGUUUUGUUCCUGGACGCGUUAGUCAGUAUAACGCCCGUGGCGGACAUCAAUGGUGGCUGGUGGCCCUGUCGUUCCACGUUCUGCGUUCCGAACAGGGCUCAUAAAGCAUAUCUUGCCGCUGUUGAUGGAAUGUUUAGGGUCCGGGAGGUCUCUGAGGAGCAGCUCACCUCGCAAGCUCUAUUCAGAUCAGAGUAUCAAGGACUUCGUGCUAGGGCCGGAAAACCCGCCACAUCCUCUGGCAACUCCAUGGCAGAUGGCAGCGAGGAGGGAAGUGAUGCAGCAGAUGGCAGCGGGGAGGGAGGUGAUGCAGCCAAAAAUAGUGUACCACGGGGCAAAAAGAACAAACCUAGUGGAACUCCGUCACGCGUGUCAGAGCGCAUUGCCAACCAGGUCAAAAACAGCAAGAACAACAAGGACGACAACAAUGGCGCGUCCUAUGGAAAGCCGGUGAGACUGAACUUGGCCAUAAAAAAUCCCAAGAUGCCUAAGCGAGCUACCAGCAAAGGAAAAGGAAAAGGAAAAGGAAAAGCAAGCGGAGAAGCAGAAGGGGAAGCCGAGAAACACCACAAACCUUACAAGCACUCCCCCGAGCUCCCAGCCACCCAUGCCAUCACUGCUAUCGUUGAGGUGAAGCGUGCGUCCCGCGUCAAUGCCAAGCGAGGAUGGCGAAGGGAGACUCUGAUCCAGGAAUCAGCACAGAUGGCCGCAUGGAUCUCUGAAGUUCCGAUGCUCGUGGGUCAGCAGGAAAAGGACGGCAAGUAUCGGUAUGUCGACCCAACUCAGCGAGACGGUUCCCGAACCAAAAAAAAGUGUGACCAGCGUGAGAUCUUUGUCACCAUUGCGACAUACACCCAAGAGUACAUCCACUACAUCAUGAACUCUAUUGACCAGCCGGCGUACCAGGAGGCACUUCUCGGUCCCGAGUGCUUUCUCUCGAUGCAGCCGUACGGGCCUUUUAGGGUUGACAAAUUGAGUGAUAUGCAGAAGCUGGCACCAUUGCUUGUGGCUCUUUCCUACCAGAACUACGUCAUCUAG